AUGGAGAUCGGCGAUCUCAACCCGGCCGUGGCGUUGGACCGGCUACGUACCGCCCUAAGGCCGGGGCCAUUUGUGAAUAGCUUGUGCAAGAAACUGUCUGGUGAUAUGAACAAUCUCCGACGCCGAGCCGAGAAGUACAUGCAAAUGGAAGAGCUGACAGAAACCAGAAAUCAAGCUAGGGCCGAAGAGGGUUACGGCCGAAAAGAAUCCGGUCCAGAGCCAACAAGAAAGGCAAAUGCCAAGCCCUCAAGAGCUCUUCCCCCGAGAGGACCACGCUAUACAACGUAUACUCCCCUCAAUACGAGUAGGGCCAAGGUAAUGGAGCAGGCCCUCGCUUCGGAGAUCCUCGCCAUGCCGAAAAGGGCGAACACUCCCCCUAGAGCAGACAAAACCAAAACAUGUCGAUUCCACCGAAACAGGGGGCACUCGACUGAGGAGUGCUCGGCACUGAAAGAUAAGCUCGAGGACCUCAUCAAGCAAGGUCACCUUAGGAGCUUUGUCACUCUCCAGGACCACCAGACAAGGGGGAGAGACCACCACUUUCGUGAGGCCGCACAGCCGAGAGACCGACGCUGCCGAUCCCGUUCGGCCGAAAGGAGAGAUCACUCGUGGCAUUCCAGAGAAGACAACGACCAACCAAGAAAAGUAAUAAACACCAUAGCUGGAGGAUCCGCCGGGGGAGGUUCCACCUCAUCGGCAUGGAAGAGACACCUCCGAGAUGUACGAUCAGUAAACAGUGUGAAUCAGCCGAGAACUCCGAGGAUGCCACCAAUAACUUUCUCCGAUCGAGAUUUUCAUGGCAUCGAUCCCGUCCAAGAUAAUCCCAUGCUCGAGAUCCCGGAGGAGAGCUUGGAAUCGUAUCACGAACCACUAGUAGGAUUCUCGGGCGAAAGAGUGAUGAUGAGAGGGUGCAUCGAUCUAUACACUCGUUUCGGCUUCGAUCAAAAGUCUUCCCGAGAAAUCAAAAUCCGUUACAUCGUGGGGCAUGCAAACAUGUCGUACAACAUCCUACUAGGCCGACCCUCAAUUAAUGCACUAGGGGCCAUUGUCUCAACCCCUCACCUAUGCAUGAAAUUUCUGUUGAGAGAUGGGCAGGUGAUAACCGUGCACGCCGACUAG